CCUCUGAAUAAGAAAGAUACUUUAGUGGGUAAAGCCAUUGAAUGCUUCAACCAAGCGAUAGAGAUCUCAUGUGGCAACAACAACCCAGCUCGCUACAGCCUUGGACUCAUACUGAGAGCGUGUGGGGAACUAGGUGACGCCAUCAUCCAGUUUAACAAAAUCAUUCACCAUACCUCAAAGAAGCGUGUGCCAGGAUAUAAAAAGAGUGAGGGGAAAUAAAACAGAGCACGAAUAUCUAAUCACUGUUACUUGCGCGUACGAGCAGGCCGGACUCUGUCUUUUAGAGCAAGCGACAGAACACGGGAAAACAAAAGAAGACAUUCAAAAUUUUAAUGAAGAAGGCGAGAACAGACUCAUGAAGGCGGUGAGUUUGGCCGCCAUGUUGUCCAAUCUUGAAUCUGAAAUGGACAGAUACAAAAAUCAAAUAUGGAACGGUUUCAAAACCCUGGAGACACAAUACGAAGAACUGCAAGACUCACCUCAGGCCGUUAAAAAGUAUCUCAGUCUGUUGACACGUGUAAGUAAGCACGAAAAAAUUCUAGCUGUCAUUGAAAAACUUCGAGGUAUGAGC